AUGAGCUUUGGAAAGGUUCAGCAACCUUCUUACAAAUACUUGAAAGUGUGGGGGUGCUUAGCAAAAGUUCAAGUACCACCUCCUAAGAAGGUUUCGAUUGGGCCUAAAACAGUGGACUGUAUUUUCAUUGGAUAUGCGCACAACAGUAGUGCUUAUCGGUUUCUGGUGCACAAGUCAGAUAUACCAGAUAUCCAUGCAAAUACAAUUAUUGAAUCAAGGAAUGUGUCAUUCUUUGAGAAUAUCUUUCCAUGUAAAGAUAGACAGAAGCUGAAGCGAACUCAUGACGCAAUUGUGCCUGCAAAUGAGACUAGUACAUCUGGUACUUCAGUAAAUGAAGCAGAAGAAAAUGAGGUUGAACCUAGGCGUAGCAAGAGAGUUCGUAAGGAAAAAUCAUUUGGUGAUGAAUACUUAGUGGUAUUUCUCUGUGAGAAUGAGCCAAGGACAUAUUCUGAAGCCAUGUCUACACCAGAAGCAGACUUAUGGAAAGAAGCUGUAAACAGUGAAAUGGAUUCUAUUCUGCAGAACCAUACUUACAUAAUCACUGAUUUACCUCCAGGGUUUAAAGCACUAGGGUGUAGAUGGAUCUUCAAAACGAAGCUCAAAACUGAUGGAGCUAUUGAUAAGUACAAGGCAAGACUUGUGGUGCAAGGAUUCAGACAAGUUGAAGGUCUAGACUUCUUUGACACUUAUUCUCCAGUGACGAGAAUAACUUCAAUCAGAAUAUUGAUAGCUAUUGCAUCUUUGAGAGACCUGGAAAUCCAUCAGAUGGAUGUAAAACAGCUUUCCUUAAUGGUGAUUUAG